UUUCUCGACAAGCGUCUUCAAGGUUUAUUCCUGCCAUUACAAACUCCUGACGUCCGCUCCACGACUGCGCUGACAUUAUGGCUGCCCCAGUCCUCGCCGUGCUGGUGCUGACGCUGCUGUCAACAGGGAUUCUCGGAGAACACUUCAUGACUGGCAACGAGCUGGACAACGACUUGCAAUUUCAAAAAAGACCAAACUUCGUGUAUGAGAACGCUGAGCGCUGCAUGGCACUAGGCGGAGUCUGCACGCAGAGCAUGCACUGUCUGCAGAGUUAUGAAGACUCUGGGCUGUGUGGGUCUGCACCUGACAUAGUCUGCUGUGAAAAGUUGCCGAAUGUAUGCCACGCGCGUGGGGGAGAAUGUCUGCCCAGGGGCGAGUGCGGCGGCGGUCGUCACGCGCCGGUCUUCUUGGACGCGGAGUGUGACAAAGAAGAACUAGCGUGCUGCGUCCGCACCUAGACGGCGGAGCUAGCGUGCUGCGUCCGCACCUAGACGGCGGAGCUAGCGUGCUACGUCCGCACCUAGACGGCGGAGCUAGCGUGCUACGUCCGCACCUAGACGGCGGAGCUAGCGUGCUGCGUCCGCACCUAGACGGCGGAACUAGCGUGCCGCGUCCGCACCUACGGAGCGGGCCACGGAAAUUAAUAUCAAUCUGAAAUAAAAAAAUCCACAUUAAAAUAUCAGAGAAGUCUGUUCCGUUUUUACUACACAAGUUUUGGUUAAGUUCUUUUUCUAUGCACAUGAAAUCAUUUAUUCUUUGACUAAGCUUUUCUUAUAAAUGGCCUUCGUAGAAUAACAAAUUUAUCCUCAAAUUGUUAAACGUUAUAUAAAAGCUAAUACUGCUGUAUUUCUUUGGACGUUCAAGAUACCCAGGUUUUAUCUUCUUAAGGUAUAGUGUAUAAGUUCCCUGCUUGAUGGCAUUAUUUACUGUUGCAUUAAAUGGAAAAACAAAGUGAAUUGCCUUUCA